AUGAUAAUAAAAUACGAGUCUGCAAAGAUUUUUUUUCUAAAAACUCUAAGCAUUUCAAAUGGACCGGUAAAUGAAGCAUUGAAAUAUAGAGAUGAGUUGGGUAACUAUACAGGUAAGGAUGGGCGUGGUUCUCGAGUCCCAGUAAACAAAACUAACUUAGAGUCUAAACAGAAGAUCAUUGACCACAUAAACUCUUUUCCCCGGCUCGAAUCUCACUACUGCAGGAAGAAAAGUAAGCGACAGUACCUGGAGAGCAAACUGACAAUCGCUAAAAUGUACGAAUUGUAUAAAGAGCAACUAACAACAUUAAAUGAAGAACCAUGUUCUUUUUACGUCUAUAAAACAAUAUUUGGGUCUAAAUUCAAUUUGUCAUUUUUUACCCCAAAAAAAGACUUAUGCAUAACAUGCACUCGUUAUGAUAGUGCCGGACGUCCAGAACAUUUGAAGGAGGAAUAUGAUUCACAUAUUGCAAGAAAAAAUGAAGCACAGCAAGCGAAAGAAUCGGACAAACAGCGGUCUAUUAUUGAUGACAAUUACCUAGUCGUAACGGCAGACAUGCAGUCUACUUUGCAUAUACCAGUCAGUGGUGUUGGUAUUUUAUAUUACACCAGAAAAUUAAACGUACAAAAUUAUACAAUUCACACGUAUAAACCACCUCAUGAAGCAUUUUGUAUAACUUGGAAUGAGAUUAAUGAAUGUCCGACAAAAUCUACAUUUAUUACUAGAAAGAGGAGGAAACUAGAAGAACAAAAGGAUGGACAAGGGACAGAAGAACUGAUGCAAGUAUUGAAAAAUUAUAAAAUGCCACCAGCUUACUCCUCGCCGCUGCCUAUUUCAGAGGGCAAAAAGAAAGACGUCAAUAAUUUAUGUGCGAAGGGGAUAAUUCCACAAGAGCUCCACUUGUGGUAUCAGUCUUUACCAACAAGUAAAGACGUAGUAGACAGAAUUUUGGAGCCAGAUGUCACUGAGGAGGGAGAAGAAGAAGUAGUCGACUGA